AUGUCAGUCAUGGAUCACUCCUACACGCCUCCACAGUACGACCUCCUCCUUCCACCUCUAUUCAACGAGGACCCCCGUCGAGGCGUAAAAUGGUCCCCCGACUCAUGGUGGGCCGGCGACGAACUCAAGAAACUCAAACGUUCAAACCUAUCCGCCUCAGAAUUCAAAUCAUGGCGCGAGAUCGUGACCCAAAAACUCGACGAAUGGGCCCAAAAAUGCCGCUGGAUCGAAACUAACGUCAAAGACUUUACCAAAAACUAUUUCCGGGUUGAAUCCGAGCAAAUCGUCUAUUUUCUUCGGAGUGCUAUCGCUGGUAAGUUGUCGCGAUUCCGGCCUCGCUUGAAGGGGGAGUAUGGUUGUUAUAUUAGUCCGUGCUUUAAUGAACGGCGUAAGGCUGUUGUGGAGGCUUGUGAUGGUCUAGCUCAGCAGGUGGAGAAGGAGUGCGAGAGACAGAAUGUGAUGGUGGAGCCGUCUGCUCAGUUUCGAGAGAACUUGUGCAUGCUUUGUGUGGCUAUUGGGCGGCUUUCGCUUGAGGGGCUGAAUAUUGAGUGCCUGGACGAGUUUGCGAUUCGUAUGACUAGGAAUGGUAUGCAGAAGGGGUUGUGGAUGUAUCCGGCUGAUCGGUAUUUGGGUAACUUUUGGUCUAAGCUUAAGCCUAUCGGAACGGGCUGUGGAUGUAUUCAGUGCAAGAUUGAAGCGGGUCAGCAGUCUUAA